AAAACAAGCAGAAGAAGAAGUCGACACGUGUUUCCAAUAUGUCUGCCUAGUGUGUUGUUGAGUACUGGCAAGACUAUAAAUAAAUAGUUUCAUUUCGUUUUGUUUUUAACUUUGAACUCUAAGUUAUUAACUGUGAGUUGUAAAUAGAUAAAAGCGACGUAAUGGCUCAGAGAAAGAAGAAACUGACGAAGAAGAAGAAACACACGGCUAGCAGGGAGCCGCAGUCCGACUCUGACGGCGGAGACUUUGAGCUGGCUGCGGAGAUGAAAGACGACGACUCACCAGGUAGGAAGCUGCCGCGGUUCCCCGCAGCAUCAGAUUGCCUGUCAGAUGUGGAGCCUGACACCAGGGAGCUCGUCAGGGCCCAAAACAAGAAGAAGAAAAAGUCUGGAGGGUUUCAGUCCAUGGGUCUUAGCUUCCCCGUUUUCAAGGGUGUCAUGAAGAAGGGUUACAAAGUGCCUACCCCCAUUCAAAGAAAGACUAUCCCCAUGAUUCUGGAUGGAAAGGACGUCGUGGCGAUGGCUCGGACGGGCAGCGGUAAGACAGCUGCCUUCCUGGUUCCGAUGUUCGAGAAGCUGAAAGCUCCUCAAGCCCAAACAGGAGCCCGGGCGCUCAUCCUGGCCCCCACCAGAGAGCUGGCCCUGCAGACCAUGAAGUUCACAAAAGAGUUGGGAAAGUUCACGGGCCUGAAGACUGCUCUGAUCCUUGGUGGAGACAGUAUGGAGGACCAGUUUGCUGCUCUUCAUGAAAACCCUGACAUAAUCAUCGGCACUCCUGGCCGUCUCAUGCAUGUCGUCAGGGACAUGAACCUGAAGCUGCACAGCGUGGAAUACGUGGUGUUUGAUGAGGCUGACAGGUUGUUUGAAAUGGGUUUUGCUGAGCAGCUUCAGGAAAUCAUCCAGAGGCUCCCAGACACCAGACAGACUCUGCUCUUCUCUGCCACACUUCCCAAACUGUUGAUGGAGUUUGCCAGAGCGGGGCUGGUUGAACCGGUUCUGAUUCGCCUGGAUGUGGACUCUAAACUCAGUGACCAGAUUAAGUUGUCCUUCUUCCAUUUGCGUGUGGAUGACAAACCAGCGCUGCUGCUACACCUGCUGAGGAAUGUGGUGAAACCUCAGGAGCAGACGGUGGUGUUUGCUGCCACCAAGCACCAUGUAGAGUACCUGAAAGAGCUGCUGUCUAUUGAAGGGAUAGAGUGCUCCUACAUCUACAGUGCCCUCGAUCAGACAGCCAGGAAGAUCAACAUCGGGAAGUUUGUGCACCGGAAAGCCAUGGUGCUCCUGGUGACUGACGUCGCUGCCCGUGGUAUAGACAUCCCCCUGCUGGACAAUGUCAUCAACUACAACUUCCCUUCAAAGGCCAAACUCUUCCUGCACAGAGUUGGUCGUGUGGGGCGUGCGGGUCGCAGCGGGACAGCCUACAGUAUGAUUUGUCCUGAUGAGAUGCCAUUCGUCUACGAUCUCCACCUCUUUCUUGGAAGGCCCGUCCAGUUUGCCACAGCCGACCACACACAAGAUUCAGACGGUGUGUUCGGAAGAGUCCCUCAGAGCAUCUUGGAUGAUGAAAGUUCUCAUCUGAUUGUGGCUCAUGAGAAAUCCCUGGAGCUACAGAAUCUGCACCAUGUCUCAGAGAACGCUUACAAGCAGUAUCUAAAGUCCAGGCCGAACCCCUCCACAGAGUCCAUCAGACGGGUCAAAAACACAGAUGUGUCCACUAUGAUGGUGCAUCCAUUACUAGGUUCCGGUUUGGAGAAAAUGGAACUGGAGCGCCUUCAGAUAGUCGAUGCCAUUAAGGGAUAUAGAUCCAAAUCUACUAUUUUUGAAAUCAACUCAAGCAGUAAGACACCUGCAAGUGAGGUGAUGCGAAAGAAACGCUCAAAGGACACACGAUUAGUGGACAAAUUCAGUAAGCACAGAGACGACCUGGCUGCAGAAAGCAGGCUGCAGCAGUCCAAAUCAGCUGCUAAUAGUGGCCUGAUGCACAGCACAGGCCAGGACGACAAGGACCUAAAGGGGGUGUUUUCAGAGGUGGUUGGUGGUAAGAGAAAAAACACAAAGGAAGAUGGAGAGGAGCGUCCAAAGAACAAGAAAAUCAGGCAAAUGGGUAAAGACGAGGAGUAUUUCAUCCCUUACAGACCUAAAGACUUUGACUCAGAGCGAGGGUUGAGUCUCGGUGGAGAGGCCAGUCAUUUUGAACAACAAGCCUCCUCCGCUGUCCUCGACCUGAUGGGAGACGAGGGCGAUCAGCUAAAUCAGCACAAGAAACACAUGAAAUGGGACCGUAAGAGGAAGCGUUUUGUAAGAGAAUCGGGAAAGGAGGACAAGAAGAAGAGGAUGAAAACAGAGAGUGGUCAGAUCGUUAGCAACAAGAAGAAGAACUUUUAUGAGGAGUGGAAGAAAAAGUACAAGGUUGACGAUGCAGGAUAUGGAUCUGAUGGAGAAGCAGCAGCAGCAGGAGGAAGGAGGGGGUCAGCAAGAGGUCGUGGCCGCCGAGGCGCCAACCCCCGCCCUUCUGCCGGACCCCAGGUGACGUCCGGCGGCCGCAGAAUACGCUCGGAGCUGAAAACGAGUGCGCAGAUAAUGAAGACCCGCAAACACAAGCAGAAGCAGCAGUUCCUGCAGAAAGGAGGGAUGAAGAAAAUCCGUUCCAAGAACAAACAGUGGCUGGGAGAGGUGAAGAAGUCCGGCUUCGGGCGCGGCGGCCAGAAGAAGGGCAAGAUGAGGAAGAGACUGUGAGAAGGACGCAUACAAGAGGGCCGGCGGGUGGCACCAUGAGUGUUUUUAGUGCUUUCGAAUUUAGAAAGAGCAAUCUACUGAACUGGACUCUUUAAAAAUAUCAACACUGAUUAAUAAUCAGAAAAAUACAUUUUCUGUUUUUGUUAAAAGUUUUAAUAAACUUCCAGGAAAAGUGA